UUAAUUCAUGAUUGUCCGCUAACCCUAAAAUUUCAAUCUUGUUGUUCUCUUCCUCUAGUUGCUCAAUUAACAAAAAAAAAGUUACUAUCUCUCUCUCUCUCGUCCGUUUCACUCGGUUUCAAGAGAAAUCUUUCUGUGCCAUGGGUCCGAAGCAGAAGCCUAAGCAGAAGAAUAAGCAGCCUAUCGUUUAUGAGGAAGAUUACGUACCAAUCAAAACAUUAACCAAGUACGGUCUAGACCCUAAAACUGUGAAAACGCUGGGAAAUGGUGACAUUUGGAACAAUCUUCUCAUGGAAAACAACAUCACGAACAACAAGAAGCUCCUCGCUGGAAUCAAAGGUUUACAAGAGACUUACUAUGACAAAAUCUGUGAAGCUGUUGACGAUAUAAUGGGUUCACUAAACUCUGAAGUUCAAGUCUUCAUUCAGAAGACUCUGGUUUCACUUGAAGAGAUGUACAAUAAGAAAGGUGAUGACAUGAAACCUAUUGUUCGUGCCACGUCAAAAUGUGUUGAAGCUUGUUACUCAUUCGAUGAGAUGCAUGAGACUUUGUCCGCGAGAUUUGGUCAGCCACUCAGAACAACCCAGAAGAUGUAUGACUUCUAUUUUACUGGUAAAAAGGGAUGUAAAGCUUACAAGCAACUUUCAUUGGUGCGUGCUGCACAAAGAAGAGCAGAGAAACUCCAGAGCCAAAAGCAGCAGCUCAACCUUGACGACAAGAUUUAUACUGAGCAGGAGCAAGCUGGAGAAAAUCAAGUUCAUGAGCAAGCUAGGGAAGAUCGAGUUCCUGAGCAGAAGGAGCAGCAAGCUAGAGAAGAUCAAGUUCCUGAGCAGAAGGAGAAAGCUGGAGAAGAUCAAGUUACUGAGCAGAAGGAGCAAGCUGAACCAACUAAAGUCGAAGAACCAAUUAAAGAAGAAGAUGAACUUAAUACUGAGCACAAGGAGCAAGUUUACAGUGAAUCAUCACUUCUUCCAAAUUUGAAACAGAUUAAUAUUGAGCAGGAGCAAGCUGGAGAAGAUCAACUUCCUGAGCAGAAGGAGGAAGCUGAAUCGCUUGAAGUUGAACUUCCAAUUCAAGAUGAAGAUGAAGUUAAUACUGAGCACAAGGUACAAGUUUACAGUGAAUCAUCAGUUCUUCCAAUUUCGACACAGCUUAUUAACUAUCUGAAGGAGAUCUUGGACGCUAUGACAUCUCAGGAGAAGAUGAUGGAAGCUUUAAUGGACUUGCAAACUGAGAUUGCAACGAAGGAUGACCUAGAAGCUUUUGAGAGAGACUUAGGGAGAAGACUUGAAGCUAUUGGUGAAGACAUAGCACUCCAAGUGGCAAAUGAACUGGAAUCUCUUCCUAGGGCAUAGAGAGAGAUUUAAAGCUAUGCGCAGAUUAAAAAAAAAUUUUA